ACGUGUUUUACGCGGCAGAGUCUUCACAUUGGCAAGCUGAUGAUGACAUGUGCCUCCUCCCCUCCAUCUUUAGGCUCCCGCGUACUGCAUUCAUACGAUUAACGGCUUCGAAAAAACAACUUUGGCAACAGUGCCGUAGCGACCAACAACUGAAAAUCCAUUCGAUAUAUGAUUUUACGCACGUUUGGAUAGACCUACUUUCACCUGGUAAACGCACCAAAGAACGCAAACAAAAAGAAGAAGCGCGUGGGUACGAUGCAGGCACCAGGUACUGACCUUUGAAGGUGACAUGAUCCAAGGGAUUAUCAAGAAUACUGCGUGCACUUUCAACGAAAACGGAAGAUAACUAAACCUCAGAAAAAUAAUCAUUUUCGCAUUGUUUUUGUUUAUUUUUUAUGCUCAGUCAAAGGAUAUUUGCUCUUGACUAAACUAUAACAUACAGAUUAUACCCAUACAGGUGUCUGGAAAACUGUUACAAAAGAAACAUGGCGACGUUAAUUCGCAGCAAGAUCUCUAACAAGCUGUCCAACGCAGCUUCCACAGUUACCAAUAAAUCGCAGGCAAAGGUGAGUGGCAUGUUCGCCAGAAUGGGCUUUCAAGCUGCAACUGAUGAGGAAGCGUUGGGCUUCGCUGCGUGCGAUGAUCUGGAUUAUGACCACAGGCAAGGACUGCAGAUGGACAUACUCAAAAACGAGGAAAUGGAGGGUAGCGGAAUGACUGUGGGAGAUGGACGUAUGGAAGGGGACAGUCAUUACCAAAGAGACGGCACUGGUCCCCCACCCUCCGCAUCAAAAGAUGGUGGUUUGUGUAACGAACUUGCCUCACAAGAUAAGCCAAAAAUUACUGCUUGGGAGGCAGGUUGGAACGUUACCAAUGCUAUCCAGGGAAUGUUCGUACUUGGGUUACCAUAUGCUAUUCUCCACGGUGGAUAUCUCGGACUUUUUCUCAUCAUUUUUGCUGCAGUAGUGUGCUGUUACACAGGGAAAAUCCUAAUCGCUUGCCUCUAUGAAGAAAACGAAGACGGACAGCUUGUGCGAGUGAGAGACUCGUAUGUUGACAUUGCCAAUGCUUGCUGCUCUCCCAGAUUUCCCGCACUAGGAGGCCAUAUUGUGAAUGUCGCCCAGAUUAUUGAGCUUGUGAUGACCUGUAUUUUAUAUGUGGUUGUGAGUGGUAACCUGAUGUACAACAGCUUCCCAAAUCUUCCUGUAUCCCAGAGGUCAUGGGCUAUCAUUGCCACUGCUGCUCUUCUGCCUUGCGCCUUCCUCAAAAACUUAAAAGCCGUGUCCAAGUUCAGCUUGCUCUGCACCCUUGCUCACUUCGUCAUCAACAUCCUUGUGAUAGCAUACUGUCUGUCCAGGGCACGAGACUGGGCCUGGGACAAAGUUAAGUUUUACAUUGAUGUGAAGAAAUUCCCGAUCUCUAUUGGUAUCAUCGUGUUCAGCUAUACCUCACAAAUUUUCUUGCCGUCAUUGGAGGGUAACAUGCAGAAACCCAGUGAGUUCCACAGCAUGAUGAACUGGACUCAUAUUGCUGCCUGCAUCCUCAAAGGCCUCUUUGCUCUAGUGGCAUAUCUGACCUGGGCAGAUGAAACCAAGGAAGUCAUCACAGAUAACUUGCCGUCCGGAAUCAGGGCCGUUGUCAACAUUUUCUUAGUGGCCAAGGCCCUUCUGUCAUACCCACUGCCAUUUUUUGCUGCUGUUGAAGUGCUGGAGAAGACUUUUUUCCAGGAUGGAGGGCGUGCAUUUUUCCCAGAUUGUUAUGGGGGUGAUGGGCGCCUCAAGUCAUGGGGUCUCUCACUACGAUGUGGCCUUGUUGUGUUCACCAUGUUAAUGGCCAUCUAUGUUCCACAUUUUGCGCUACUUAUGGGCUUAACAGGCAGUCUGACAGGUGCAGGCUUGUGCUUUCUUCUCCCCAGCCUCUUUCACCUAAAGCUGUUAUGGAGAAAUCUGCUUUGGCACCAAGUCUUUUUUGAUGUUGCUAUAUUUGUAAUUGGAGGUAUUUGUAGUGUUUCUGGUUUCAUUCACUCCAUGGAAGGCCUCAUUGAAGCAUUCAAAUAUAACAUACAAGAUUAAUUCUGAAAAAUGCAAGUGACCAUAAAGUGAUAUGUUAUAAUGCACUUAAAAUGUAAACAAACCAAUUUUCCCCAAACCCACCAUCUUUAGUUUUUAAUAAAAUUCAUGUAACAAAUCAUGCGCAUUGCUUAUGCGUAUCCACUUGAUGGUAAGUGGACUUGAAGACACAUGUUAUCGUGCACAGUAAAUGCCUUGGACAAUGUGUGUA